AUGGGAGUUACCUGGUCGCAGAUUUUCCCGCCCCCUCCCACUCUGACCGAAGUCAAUCUUCCCAGUCAGAAAGGCAAAGUCUUUAUCGUCACUGGGGGUUAUUCAGGAGUUGGCUUCGAGCUAUGCGGAAUUCUUUAUCGAGUAGGAGGAACAGUCUAUCUGGCCGGUCGGUCUGAAGAAAAGGCAUUGGAUGCGAUUGCGAAAAUUAAAAACUUGUGUACCCCGACAACCCCAGAUGGAAACAUAAUUUUUCUCCCUCUAUCGCUGGACGACCUGAGAACUAUCAAGCCUGCAGUUAGGAGGUUUACUACAGCUGAAUCUCGUCUUGAUGUUUUAUUCAACAAUGCUGGUGUCUCUAACCCUCCCCAAGGGACUUCGCCCCAGGGCCACGAUAUGCAAUUGGCAACUAAUUGUCUCGGGCCCCAUCUUUUCACCCAACUCCUUCUGCCAAUUCUACGAAGCACUGCUGAAACCACGCCUAUCGCCAGUGUACGGGUUAUCUGGACAGCAUCGAUUGUCGUUGAUGCAUUCGCGCUUGAGACCGGGAUAGAGCUUGCAGAACUAUUCCAGAAAGAUGCGGACGAAUUCCACAACUACCUGAAUACCAAAGUAGGAAACUGGUUUCUGGCAGAUUCCCUCGCAAGCCAGAUUGGUGGAUAUGGCAUAUUAAGCUUGGUACAGAACCCAGGAAAUAUCAAGACAAACAUCAUGCGUCAUAGUCGGCCUUUUUUCCGUUUUGUUCUUGGACCGUUCCUUCAUGCCCCUAGAUUUGGAGCGUAUACUGGAGUCUGGUCCGCCUUUUCUAGUGAUCUCACAAUUGAUGAUGGGGGAAAUACAUACUACCCUGGGGUCGUCUACAUCCGUGCCCAAGAGACGAGUUGUUGCGAGCUAUGA